GGCCCGCCGCCGCUCCCCUCGGACGGGCUGCGCAGGGGGCGUCCCGCUGCUGUCCCCGCCCGGCGGCCUCCGGUCGGGAAGGGGCUGGGGAGGCCCCGGGGGCCCGGCGAGCAGGUUGUGCUGUCGUGGUGUUCUUAGAGUGACUUACCCAUUUCUGGAGACCUACCAGACAGGGGGAACAUGUGGGGAGACCAUCGACAAGGCAACAGAACGGGGCCCUUUCGUGGGAGCCAAGAAGAAAGGUUUGCUCCCGGGUGGAACAGGGAAUAUCCUCCUUCCCUUGAUAGUCAUGCUCAAGAAAGACACUCUGGCAACUUCUCUGGCAGAGAAUCACUUCCUUUUGAUAUCCAGGCACUCGCAGGCCUCCUCAAUCCUCAGUUUGCCAACAGAGAGGAACCUUCUUUCAGCUUUGGAGCCAGAGAUGGACCACGUAGUGACCUCAGAGGUAGGGAAGGGCACCACGAUUUCAGGGGCAGAGAUUUCCCACCGUCUGACUUUCAGAGCAGAGAUGAGUCUCAGCUGGAUUUCAGAGGCAGGGAACCACCCCCUUCUGAGUACAGGGGCAGAGAUAUGUACUCCGGAGACUUCCGGGAGAGAGAAGGGCCACCUAUGGACUUCAGGGGUGGGGACGUUCCUUCAGUGGACUACAGAAACAGGGAGACGUUCCGUAUGAACUACAGGGACAGGGAAGCACAUAACAUGGAUUACAGGGGCAGAGAUGAGCCUCCGUCAGACUUCAGGGGGAGGGGGUCUUUUGAUCUGGACUUCAGAGGUCGAGAUGGAUCUCAUUCGGACUUUAGGGCGAGAGAUGUCCCUGAGUUAGACUACAGGGGCAGAGACCAUUCCUAUUCUGACUUCAGAAAUAGGGACGUACCUGAUUUGGACUUCAGGGGUAUGGGCGCAUCUGAUCUGGACUUCCGAAACAGAAACGCACCAUCCUCAGAUUUCAGAAAUAGGCACAGGUCUCGGUCUGAUCAGGAUUUUAGGAGCAGAGAGAUGGCUCCUCCUAUGGACUUUUCAGAGAGGGAAAUGCCUCCUGUGGAUCAAAGCCUUGUAGAUUUUAGGCGCAACCAGUCUACUGUACCUGUAGCAGAAAGAGAGGGCUCCGGUUUAAGCACCAGCAAGAGAGAGGAGUCUGCACUUGGUUUAGAUAGAGCUCCUUUUGGUAGCCAAAAAGGCGAAUUUCAACAUCCAGAAGCACCAGCCAGAGAAGAGGAAUCCCUUGGACUGAGUCUCAAAGAUGACGCCUCACACAAUUUCCAAAACAGCCGUGGACCUCUUCCUACUACCCUUCAGGACCAAGAGGAGCAACCUCAGACCUUUGCUAACAAGCAACAGCAGCAGCAGCAGCAGCUUUCUGGGGGGGAACAGCAAAGAUCUGAUUCUGAUCUUGGGUUGAAAGGUGAAGGUGAUCUGGAUUUCCUGGGACGGCAAGAUACGGACUACAGAAACAUUGAGUACCGUGAUGUGGAUCACCGGCUGCCAGGGCAUCAGAUGUUUGAUUACGAACACGGCAAGUCCUUUUCAGAAGGAAAACCCAGCAAAGAUUCUAGGCCCUAUAAGAGCCUUCAGGACCAAGAUUACCGGACCUGCCCCAAAUACGUGAAGCCAAGCAAGCUCAUUCGGCUAGGAGGAGUGCCUGAAACUGCCACAAAGGAUGAUAUUCUCAAUGCUUUCCGAGGGCCGGAUGGGACACCUGUGAAGGACUUGCGACUGAAAGAUUACAGUUCAGGUUACGACUAUGGCUAUGUCUGCGUGGAGUUUUCACUCUUGGAAGAGGCCAUCGGAUGCAUGGAAGCCAACCAGGGAACUCUUUCGAUCGGUGGCAAAGAAGUGACCCUUGAGUACACUCCGUGCCCAGAGUUCUGGCGCUGCAAACGUUGUAAGGUGUGUACUGUGGGCUACAGAUCUUCCUGCUCCUAUUGCAAGCUCCCAAGAGAUGGGAGCAGAGCAGGCCCAGAGUCCAGAGGUGGUUCUGAGGGAGAGGACGCAUCAGCUGAGCAAGAAUUCACAGAGGCAAAGCUUGAAAAACCUGAGCAAGAGUUAUCAGUACAACCAGAAUCUCCAAAGCAGCCUCUCCAGCCUUCAGUUCCUGCUCCACAGCAGGAGUGCCAGCCUCAAGAACAGGAGCCAAGGAAAAGAGAUGAAGGGAGAGAGCGGCGGCCCUCGCAGGAGAAGAGGAGGGACAUGGACAGGCACCAGGAGCUGCCUUCUCAGAGAGAAGCAGAGGAAGCCACACCACAGGAAGGUGGAGGAAGCAGAACAAUUAUGCUGAAGCGUAUUACACGAUUCACCCCCCCAGAAGUGAUUGUGGGGCUCCUGGCUCCGUAUGUGCAGCUCUCCACGUCCAGAGUGCGCAUCAUGAAGAACAAAGCUGGCCGGAUGGGACAGACCUAUGGCUUCAUUGAACUGGAUUCACAUGCUGAGGCGCUGAGGUUGCUAAAGAUACUGCAGAAUCUGGAUCCCCCCAUGUGCAUUGAUGGACGUACGGUGGAAGUGAAUCUUGCUACAGGGAGGAGAAGCAGGAAUGACUACGGGGAGCACAGUGACAAUUCCUACUAUGGACAGGGCAGAAGGGGCAUGAGAGACAGGAGGGGCAACGAAUCACAGAGACGCACCAGAGCACAGUCUCCAUCAGAUGUGUCCACAUACAUUUAUGAUCCUGAAACUGGGAAUUACUACGAUCCCAUAGCUGGGACAUACUAUGACCCCAGGACUCAGAGAGAAGUCACGAUAGACCGAGAAUCCUGCUCAUCACCCAUAGAGAACAAAAGGCGGCGACAUGGAAGCCAAGAACGGACAAAUGAAAGGAAGGAACCACACAACAGAGACAACAGGGACAAAAAGGAGAAAGGGAAAAAUACUUCUUCUAAGAAUGAGCCUGGAGAGGAAAGGUUCUUCACAGAAGAUGUCUUCAAAAAGCCAUUACCACCCUCUGUGAAAAAGGACGAAAGUGCAAGCUUGAAUGAGUCUGGAGAGGAGAAGUUCUCUGCAGAAGAUGUCUUUAAGAAACCAUUACCUCCCUCUGUGAAAAAGGAUGAGAGUGCAGCCCCGCCCAAGGUGGUGAACCCUCUGAUAGGUCUUCUGGGAGAGUAUGGAGGAGACAGUGACAACGAAGAGGAAGAGGAAGAGGAGGAACAGGCACAGUGGCUGCCACCUCCCCACCCACCAGCACAGCGCGAGGAGCAGCCGAGGAAGGCCAAGGCGAGCGACGACAAGCUGACUGACUGGAACAAGCUGGCUUGCUUGCUGUGCAGGAGGCAGUUUCCCAACAAGGAAGUGCUCAUCAAGCACCAGCAGCUCUCCAACCUGCACAAGCAAAACCUGGAGAUACAUAUGAAGAUCAAACGAUCUGAGCAGGAACUGGCAUAUUUGGAGAAGAGAGAGCGUGAGGGGAGAUACAAAGACAAAGGAAAUGACCGAAGAGAGAAGUUCCAGCAAAUGGAUUCACCAGAGAGGAAACGACUCAGAUAUGAUCGGGACUCGGAGAGUGACUAUGAUCCAAGGAUUGACAGUAACAACAAAGGAAACCGAAUGUUGCAGUCCACAGGGUGGACAAAAGGCCUUGGCUACAACCAGCAGGGUACAACAUCACCAACGGAGGUGGAAAAUCGGAAGAGGGGACCUGGCUUGGGGGCCCAAGGGAAGCCCAGCAAGAGGCAGUCCAACGAGACUUACCGUGAUGCUGUCAGGAGAGUCAUGUUUGCCCGCUACAAGGAACUUGAGUGAAUGGUGGAGAAAACCCUAAGCCUGUCUCUCUCCAUUUCUGUCUCUUUCUCUGUGUCAUGUUCUUUUUUUUUUUUUUUUGAAUUGUUACAGGUUUUGCUGCUAGAUUUUUUUUAAUAAAACUGAAAAUUUGUCAGUGCUUGUCUCUUGCCUGAAAUGGCAUGUUUGAAAGGAUGCGUUGCUUUGGAAGAUCCCCAUCAUGUUUUGCUGUCUGCUGACGACGUCCCUGGGGCUUGUGUUCAUGUCAGGGUCAGGUGCUCCUGGUGCCACGUACUCUUGGGUCAGGAAGUGAACAGAGAGCAGAAGACAGCCCCGAGGCCUGGGAGGAAGUUGGGAGCAGGAGCAACUUGUGUGGGAUUCAUCCUGGUUUUUAGCAAGGACAGUUGGGUUCGAUUGGUAGCAAUUUAGCUCCAUAGCUGAAGCUCUGAUUAAUGCUGGGCAUCAUCUGGGCUUCCCAACCAGGGCAGAGCCCUUCCCUUCUUCCCUGGAGAAGGGCUGGAUCUGUUGGCAGCACCUCUGGGGAGCUUUGUGGGGAUGUAGAUAGCCCUGCUGCUCCGUCAUGGCAGGGGCUGCGUAGUGUCCGGCGGGGGACUGUUUGAUAGCAGCGUGUUUGGUUGGGGAAAGGCUGUUUUGGGCAAGUGCUCACACAGCCCAGGGAGGCGCAGAAGCAGCUCCUUGGGCAGGGCUGUGUAACAGCGACGGUUUGGCUGAAGCAUGAUGGAAGCAUGUGUGUGUGUGAGCACAGCGGGGACCACAGGUGAGGAGGCUGAGUGUGGUCUGUACAGGUAAGGACAAUGCUGGUGGCUAGCAGGAGCAGACCGUGUGCCAGAGCAGCAGGGGGGUGGUGACGGAGCUGCCCCGGCCUGCACGUGCAUACUGCUUCCCUGGGUGCCCGGCAGAGAGCCAGCCCUGACGUUGCUUUCAAAUAUCUCAAAGCAGGGAAAACCAGAGGUGUGUGGAAGCUGAAGACAGCAAUAUUUGGAGAUAAAGGGCCGCCUCCAACACCUGACAACUUCUAAAGAGAGCAGAAGACCUGUCCAAGCUUCAUUUCUUUGUCUCCAAUAAAGGCAACCCCAGGGAAGUGUGGAGUUCUCACUUGGUGGCACCCCAGUUCUCAGUGCUGCACCCAGUGAUGGAGGAUUUGGGGACCCCCGUCAUGGUUCUGGGGAUGUGCCAUGCGUGGCUUGAAAACAACACUUGCCUGGACUGAGGAAAACAUCCCUGUACAAUCUCAUGGAAAAUCAAGCUACAUUUGAUAUUGUCUUAUUUCCUCUGGAUUCCUCUUCCCCACGAUAACUCAGCAGGUGUCUCUGUGUAAUAAUUCCCUUGAAGGGGUGUGUUUGUGUGUGUUAAGGUACGUACAUAAGCAUGAAACAUGCCUUCUCCAUCCAUAACACAUCAGCUGUGGAAUACCCAGCUUUAUGGAACGUAGGGGAGCCCUCCGCUGGUGUUAGGAUGAGAUGACUGGGACAAGGUUAUUAAUGAAUUGGGACAAAUAGACAAAGAAGCCAAAAGCAUUAAAAAGAAGCACAAAGCCAAAAAAAAAAAAAGUAACAUGUUAGGAGAACAACAGCCUAGGUGAUGUAGAAACCUCAGCUAUCCCUGGCAGGAUGUCUUUGAUGUCUUUGAUAUUUUUGAUACCAUUUAUAUAUAUUUUUUUUAAUGAAUGCACCUAAAGCCACAGCUGGAAUGCAACUACUUUGAUAUCUGUUAGUGAUUUUGCUUGUAUUUCAGAUUAUUCACAGUUGUGCUAGCGCUAUUGCCAUGUACUGCAUGUUGCUUUGCACGCUGCCCUUCAGUAGUGGAUAUGACUGAAGAUUACAGAAUGUUGUUUUUUAACAUCAGUUAAAAAGACAUUUUUAGUCUCUGAAGCAAGAGAUGCUUUUUUCUCUCUUUCCCAAAGAAAAGGUAGUAGAUUCUUUGAUUUCUAAUAUUUAUUCAUAUUAAAACAGGAUUAAUACUGAUACAACAGUGAGUUGGGACCUUCUAAGCAGAACAUACUGAUGUAGAGCUAGAGUUGUACUUCCGGUAGCUUUCUGAGAAGAAGAAAACAGAAAGUGGGAUGUGGACAGAAUCGUGUAAAGGGGAAGGAGAGAGAAUGAGUGAGCAAAGGAACCAGUGACCAUGCUUCCCUCUGCAAGGACAGAAGAGAUGCAACUAUGGACUGCCCCCUCUCAGCUCCAGCACGUCCAGAAAAACCUCUCCCUGUGGAGGAGUGAGGUGACAGAGAGGGAAGUUGUCGUGCAAGGCAGGACUGGGAUUCUUGUGCUGUGGAUUCAAUAAAACAAGUGCUGCUUUA